AUGGACAAUCAAGCAUCAACAGAAAAUGGGAAAAACAUGACGUCUACUGAGGACUCACACAUGGGACUUGUUGAGGGUUUCACAGACAGCAGCUAUACUGACUCUGAAACAGGGACAAUCACGCCCGUGGGUGAGUGUACACCACAUCCCAUACCACCAAUGGACCAGGCAGUCAUGGACAACUUGGGGCAGCUUUUCGAAUACUGCAUCCAGCUAGUGUCCCAUCUGGAGACGCAGAGGAAUGAGCUGAUACAGGAGCUCCUCCGUCUGCAGGAACCCAUUCUGCGAGUUGUUGGGCACCUGAGAGGGAAGCUGAUGGAGACUCAGAGGCUGGUCACGCUGGCUCAACUGGAUUAUGUCGCUGUUUAUGAGGAUUUGAAGGAGGUGAAGAGGAAACUGUUUGCCACCGCAAGAGACUGCAUCCGGAGCCAGGUGACGCUGGCUGAACAGGAGUACGAGGUGGCUCAGUCUGCUGUUACACAGGAGGAGCUCAAGGCCCACAUCCAAAGUCUGACCCAGGACUUGUCCCAGCUCAAGGAGGCCCAGCAGAACCAGCUAAACACCCUGAGGGACCAGGCUUCUAAGCACUGCAGGCCCAGGGCCAUGAGUGACGUCAGCCAUUGCCGGCAGGCUUCUGUCAGACUCCAGCGGCGGAUCAGCGGCAGCGUGAAGGCCCUGGAGUGCUGGUACGAGCCCCGGCUCAUGGCCCUGCUUAAGAGGAGGCAGGUUGGGGAGGAGUCCUUGAGGAAGAGCAGAGAGCAGGCCCUGGACCUGAGAGCCAGUCUGGGGCCCCUCAGGGAGGCCAUGCAGAGACUGGAAGUACAGAGAGCCUGUCUGGAGCAGAGGGUCACUCUGAUGGAGAGGGAGAGGGAGGAGAGCAUCACACAACACAAGGAGACCGUGGAGGAACUAAAAGAGACUCUGAGAGAACUAGAAGUAGAGUUUGAGGUUCAAAGAAAAUCUAAGAAAAAAUUGGAGGAUCAUAAUGACAGCAUUAGAAAAGAGCUCACAUUUCUGAGAGGCAGUGAUGAACCCAGUGAAACCACUGAAGAGGAGGAUCCUUAA